AGUUUGAUGUUUUAUUUUUUAUUUUUUAAGCUGAACACAACCCUUCAUUUGUAACAACAACUCAAUGAACCUAUCGUACACCGACAGUGCUUCUAGGACCAGUGAGUUUUCCCCUCCUGAGAUGUCAGCUGACUCCAUGGAGAUUGAUGACUCCCUGUACAGUCGUCAGAGGUAUGUCCUGGGGGACAGUGCUAUGCAGCAGAUGGCUCAGUCUUCUGUCUUCCUCAGUGGAAUGGGAGGACUGGGAGUGGAGAUCGCAAAGAACAUCGUGUUGGCAGGUGUGAAGGUGUUGACGCUGCAUGACACUAGGCAGUGUGAGACGUGGGACUUGGGCUCCAACUUCUUCCUCAGACAGGACGAUGUGCUGACUCAGAGGAACAGGGCUGUGGCGGUCCAUCCCCGGGUAGCGGAGUUGAACCCUUACGUCCACGUGGACACGUCCUCCUCCUCUCUCGACCUCUCCACUGACCUCUGCUUCCUCAAGAGGUACCAGUGUGUGAUCCUGACUGAGGCCAGGCUGAGUCUCCAGAAGAAAAUCAAUGACUUCUGUCACUUCCAUCAGCCUCCAAUCAGGUUCAUUGGAUGUGACGCGUAUGGGAUCUGUGUGAGAGUGUUCUGUGACUUCGGGGACCAGUUUGAGGUGUCGGACCCCACUGGAGAGGAAGCCAAGGAGAUGUUUAUCCAGAACAUCACACAGGGUAACCCAGGGGUGGUAACCUGUAUGGACAGCAGGACCCACGGCCUCCAGACUGGACAGAGUGUUCUCUUCAGAGAGGUCAACGGCAUGGACACACUCAACGGCACCGCGCGACAGGUCACAGUCCUCUCUCCCUACAGUUUCAGCGUAGGGGACACGUCCUGUCUGCAGCCCUAUGCACACGGAGGCUUCUUCCUGCUGGUCAAAACCCCCAGAACGUACAGCUUCGAGACGAUGGAGCAGCAGCUGUCUGAGCCUCAGGUCCUGACUCCUGACUUCAGCAAACCAGAGGCCCCGCUGCAGAUCCACGCCGCCAUGCUGGCUCUUGAUGCCUUCCAGGAGCAACACAACAGACUGCCCAAUAUUGGGUGCUGUCAGGAUGCGGAGGUUCUGGUCAAACUAACAGAGGAAGUCAACCACACCUUGACAAACGCAGCUCCAGUGAAUAGUGAGUUGGUGCGUUGUCUCUCCAGAACGGCGCAGGGUUCUCUCCCUCCAUUGGCUGCGGCGGUGGGGGGCAUUGCCAGUCAGGAGGUCCUCAAGGCCCUCACGGGGAAGUUUGCCCCACUACAGCAAUGGUUCUAUCUAGAUGCCAUAGAGGUAGUGAAACCACUACUGUCUCUAUCAGCAGAGGAGUUUAGCCCCAGGGGUGAUCGGUACGACGGGCUGAGGGCCUGCAUCGGGGAGACCAUGUGUCUGGAACUCCACAAGCUGAGAGUCUUUAUGGUGGGCUGUGGAGCCAUUGGCUGUGAGAUGCUCAAGAACUUUGCCCUGCUGGGAGUGGGAUUGGCCAAGAGCUCAGGAGAGGUGUGUGUGACGGACCCAGACCUGAUAGAGAAGUCCAACCUCAACAGACAGUUCCUCUUCAGAUCUCAGCACAUACAGAAACCCAAGAGCACCACAGCAGCCGUGACCUUGGAGAUCAACCCAGAGAUGCAGGUAGACGCUCACCUCAACAAGGUGUGUCCUGCCACCGAGGGGUCUACAACGACCUGUUCUACUCCCUCCCCUCACCUGGUUGUCACGCCGCUGGACAAUGUAGAGGCUCGCAGAUACGUCGACAGCCGCAGUGUAUCCAAUCAGAAGGCUCUUCUGGAUUCCGGUACCAUGGGAACCAAAGGACACACGGAGAUCAUCGUGCCCAACCUGACCGAGUCGUACAACAGCCAUAGGGACCCACCAGAAGAGGAGAUUCCAUUCUGCACCCUGAAGUCUUUCCCUGCUGUCAUAGAACACACCAUCCAAUGGGCAAGGGACAAGGUGAUAGGACUAAUCUAACUGGUUGUCAUAGAACACACCAUCCAAUGGGCAAGGGACAAGGUGAUAGGACUAAUCUAACUGGUUGUCAUAGAACACACCAUCCAAUGGGCAAGGGACAAGGUGAUAGGACUAAUCUAAUUGGUUGUCAUAGAACACACCAUCCAAUGGGCAAGGGACAAGGUGAUAGGACUAAUCUAAUUGGUUGUCAUAGAACACACCAUCCAAUGGGCAAGGGACAAGGUGAUAGGACUAAUCUAAUUGGUUGUUAUAGAACACACCCAUCCAAUGGGCAAGGUGAUAGGACUAAUCUAACUGGUUAUUAUAGAACACACCAUCCAAUGGGCAAGGGACAAGGUGAUAGGACUAAUCUAAUUGGUUGUUAUAGAACACACCAUCCAAUGGGCAAGGGACAAGGUGAUAGGACUAAUCUAAUUGGUUGUCAUAGAACACACCAUCCAAUGGGCAAGGGACAAGGUGAUAGGACUAAUCUAAUUGGUUGUUAUAGAACACACCAUCCAAUGGGCAAGGGACAAGGUGAUAGGACUAAUCUAAUUGGUUGUUAUAGAACACACCAUCCAAUGGGCAAGGGACAAGGUGAUAGGACUAAUCUAAUUGGUUGUUAUAGAACACACCCAUCCAAUGGGCAAGGUGAUAGGACUAAUCUAACUGGUUAUUAUAGAACACACCAUCCAAUGGGCAAGGGACAAGGUGAUAGGACUAAUCUAAUUGGUUGUUAUAGAACACACCAUCCAAUGGGCAAGGGACAAGGUGAUAGGACU